AUGAAAAUAAGAGAUGGUGGGGAAGCUCCCAUAUACACUAAUCCUGACAUGUUCACACUUGAAGUAAACCAUGGGGGCUACUUUGUUGAUGGUUUAUAUAUGGGAGGUAUUGUACAAUGUGUUGAUGGGCAAGAUGCAGAUGAUGUUUCAAUGCUUGAGUUAUUUGAAUUGGUUAAACACAUUGGUUAUGAUGAGCAGAACAUUCAAUACUAUUACAAGCACAGGACAAAUGGCUGGAUUGAAAUUAGGACAGAUAAGGAUUAUUUUGGAGCAUUGAAGUUGGUGAAACUGAGCCAGUUGUUUGUGUUAUACAUAACUGACAAUCGAGCACUUAGGCCUCUAAAUGUUCAAUCCCCAGUAUUCUCUGCACAUGGUGAAAAUGCUGAACAUUAUGAAGACGAAGACACUGCUCAUGGAUAUGAUGGUGAUGAAUAA